ACAAGGAAGAGGUGGUGAGUGGUGUAGUUAAAUGAGUUUGAUUAGUCGGACGAACGGAUUAGGUUUCAAUAAUUUCGUCAUUAUCUGUGGUUUUAAUGUUGGGAUGGGAAUGAAGCCGUGUUGUGCUUCUUUUUCUUUUUCUUUCGUGUGGUGUUGAUUUUGUUCGUUCGCCUUCUUUCGUGAUGGUGGUGGAGAGAGUGUUUUUUUGGAGUUUUUGGAGUGUGUUAAUUCAGCGACUGUAGGAUUCUGACAUAGAUUAACGUCGUGGAGCUAUUAUAUUUAGGAUAGUUGUUUCAAUUCAAGUCGGUUGAAAAACUAUCGAGAGCAACCUGUAAGUUGAAUUUGCCGUGGUGUUAUAUCGCCCAUUCUACACGGGUUAUCUCUAAGCUGGGAGACGCAUUCACAAGCUUGUCGAAACUUGAAACACGGAGGGGUACCCUGGUUUCUUAUUUUUUGGAAGAACUUCAUAGCACUUUCAGCUGUGCCAGUUUACCCUUGCAGUUUUUACAGCUUUAUUUUCAAAGCCUGUUUCGAGGAGCAAGCUAGAGAAAUUUCCGUUUGUUAUGAAACUGUUGACUGAGAAGCGAAUGCACAAAGGGAAACCUGGGGGACCGUGCAAGGCACAGACGUAGUGGCAUGGGCAGGUCCAUUGGCGGAGGUUAUGAUCCAGGGGCAGCAUCUGCCUGUGGCCCAAGUAGUAGGUCAGAGCUAUUUGGUGCAGAUGUAAACGAUCUACCUCGUAGGAGGGGGUCAAUGGAUGAGGCUGGAAGGCAGAGUUAUUACGAAUCAUAUUGGGAUCGUUCUUAUGCAAGCAAUCAGAGAUCAUGGAGCACUGAACAAGACCAUCGGCGGAGAGAGGGGCUGCAGGCUGGCUAUGGCUUCUUUGCUGCUUUUGCAUUUUUAUCAUUCUUCCUGUCGAUGUGGAUGUUAUUUGGUCUUUAUGGAAAUCAACAUCUAGAGAUGGGUAUGUUCUAUGCACGGGUGGUAAAGGCUAAUUCGAUUUUUGUGAAGGAAGUAAAGAUAAAUUUCAAGGAAAAAGGGCCAGUUGCUUAUAUGUUUCUUAACCGGCCUGAACUGGGUCCUUCUGUAUCCGAUAAAAAAAUAGUUGAGGAUAUUGUUGUAGACCCAAGGUGGCACAAGCGUUUUACGUAUUGGUUAAAUUCAGGCUCGUAUCUUGAGGUAUCAUGCAGCUUGAAAGCUUCUGGGACUGGAACAGACAGCUUAAUUGUUGCUAUUGUCAAAGGUGAAGAUGGUUUUCAAGAUUGGAAAGGAGAUCCAAGUAAUCCCAGCCUGGCGUUGAGGUGGAAACGCGUUCAUGAGAAAGGAGUAUUGAGUUUGAAGGUGGAAGAGGAUGAUGACUAUUGCAUAGUCUUUGGCAAUUUGAACAACCGCAAGAUAACUUUUUCCUUCAUGCUAGACUUGCGCUAUGUACUUUACUCCAAGGACAAUUCAGAUUUUGUCUGCUCCUCUCAGCUCACAGAUGUUUGCGAGUUUCCUGUUGCACUCGGGCAAUCUACAUAUGUGUUGCUCACCUCUCCAGUGGUUGACAUGCAAGGAGUGAAGAUAUGGUACACUAAAUUAUCGUACAUUCCUCGCUGGAUCACAUACAUUUUUUUUUGGGGUCUAGUUGCUGUUGGGCUGCUCUUUACAAGAGCUUUCGAACUAAGGCAUGUGAGGUCACAAGUUCCCUUAUCUCAGGAGCAUGCUCCCACAGUUCCAGAAGAUGCUAGCCAUUAUCCUGCACAAGCCUCAGCGUACUCUUUACUCCAGGCAGACGAAACGAAUUCAGAGAAAGCAAGCGUACAUGAAAAUCGGCACUGCACUAUAUGUUUGGAUGCUCCAAAGGACAGUUUCUUUGAUCCAUGUGGCCAUCGGUGCACCUGUUACUCUUGUGGAAUGAGGAUACGAGGAGACUCUAAUAGAUGCCCAAUAUGUCGACAAACAAUCCGCACCGUGCGGAGGAUUUAUGAUGCUUGACUCAGGUGGAUGCCUGCCACUUAAAUCAAGUGCUUACUGGCCUGUGGUGGCAUUGAGUUGAUAAAUUCGUAUCUAUGUCAAUGAAAGAGAACAAGGCAAGGUAGUAUGUUUCUUCAGUCUACAUCCACGUUCUUUUGGGUGAGAUUGUGCUUGGCGCAAUCCACUGCACAUCUCGAAGGACGUGAACUUUUUGCAACCCGGACGAAGCUCUGGUGUUAUUGGCUCAAGCUGUAUUUUAGUUAGGACAUUAUUCCUUUCACGAAGAAAGUAUUUCGCAUGAAAUUCUGAUAUUUGUGAAAGGUGAGAUGACAUAAACUGGCGCAUUUCAGGUGAUUACGUAUCUUUCUGUACACAACCGUGCAAAUUCACUUAUACUACCAGGUGAAGGAUCUCGGUGUAGGAAGGUUUGGAAGUGGAGUGUAGGGGAUGGGCAUUUUCUCUUCAAGCCAGCAAGUGUUCCUGCGAGAGCCUGCCACAGUGUACUGCGAAUGGCAGCUAUACCACAGAGCUGAAAAGAUGCUUUAGGAGUUGUAGGACUCGAAACAUCACGAGACAAUCUUGAAAUCCCACUCCUUGAUAUUUGAUUCGUCUUUCGUCAUGAGCA